AUGGCGUUGACUUGGGAGGGGAUAACCGCGAGGAGGAGAGCUGAUGCUUCAAGAUUGUCUGAUGUGGACAAUGGAGAUUCUCGUGCUCCAAGGUGCAGACUGCUGAAAAAGGUGUCCGUUGUGCUUUGUGAUGAUAUCUGUUUGGGACACAUAUUAAGUUCACAUCACAAAUAUCAAACAGUAUCAAGUAGAAGACACCGAGUCUUAAGCCGAAUUUCUUCUAGCAGAUUGGUAGAAACUGAGUUAGCAGAACAAAUUUUGAUGGACAAGGAAGUUGAAGUUUCCUUCCUAAGACGAGAAGUACGACAGGAAAAAGAAGAAGAGCAGAACUUGUUGAUGGAACUGAAGCAGAACAUCUUGAGGAUUACAGAGAUGAGUGAAGUAAACAAGGCACUUGAACGAAAUAUUGAGCAUCUAAAGGAUGUUAGUUGCUCUAAUAUCGCAUUGAAGGAUGAACUAUACCUUAAUUUGGUACUUGAGUAUGUUCCUGAAACAGUUCAUCGUGUCAUUAAGCAUUACAACAAGUUGAACCAAAGGAUGCCAAUGAUUUAUGUGAAGCUCUAUACAUACCAGAUCUUUAGGGCAUUGUCUUAUAUUCAUCGUUGUAUUGGAGUUUGCCAUUGA